AUGUAUAGGCAAAUUAAGGUUAGGGAUGCAGAUGCUAAUUCACAAUUAAUUAUUUGGAGAGAUUCUCCUCAGAAAAGGCUUGACAUUUGUAAGUUGAACACAGUUAUAUAUGGCACUUCAUGUGCACCGUACUUGGCCAUGCGUUGUCUAAAGAUGUUGUCAGAAGAAAAUUCUGUCAAGUAUCCACUAGCUUCGCAGACUUUAGAUAGGGACUGUUAUGUCGAUGACAUAAUUACAGAUGCAUCGUCAGAGCAGGAACUAGGGCAGCUGAAAUCGGAGGUCUGUAGUCUGCUGAAGCUAAGUAAUGUUCCUAAGGAACAACAAAAUUUGUCAGCCACAGACUUUUCUGAACAAAAUAAUACUGUAAAAACAUUAGGUUUAUCAAGGAAUCAAGUUGAUGAUAUUUUCAAAAUCUCUUAUUCCAAUAUUUUUAUCACUUCUGCAGACACUAAAAGAUCUGUGCUUUCUACCAUAGCUAAAAUAUAUGAUCCUAUUGGACGACUCAUUUCUCCGAUUACCAUAACAGCAAAAUUGAUAAUGCAGGAAUUAUGGAAAUGCAAUUUAGAUUGGGAAGACGCCCUGCCAGAUGAAUUACAGGAUAGCUGGAACGAUUUCAGACAUCAUCUUUCGUGUUUGGAAGAUUUGUGUGUUCCGCGUUGUCUUUUCAAGCAGAUUCCUGUAUGCAUAGAGUGUCACGAUUUUGCGGACGCUUCAUUACUAGUUUAUGGAACUUGUAUUUAUUUACGGGCGACUAAUGAAGAUGGUAGUAUUUCCUGCCAUCUAAUAUGUUCUAAAUCUAAGGUUGCUCCGUUAAAACAAGUGACACUUCUUCGGUUAGAAUUGUUAGCAGCGUUGUUAUUGGCAAAAUUAUAUAGGCAUGUUAUGGCUAAUGGUGUUGUGAAGAUUAACGAAUCAUUUCUGUGGAGUGAUUCUAGUAUUGUUAUUGCGUGGCUGCGUACAGAACCCUCACAGUUGAAAAUGUUUGUUUCCAAUAGAGUGUCGCAAAUUUUAGAAUUAACUCCAGCAGUUAUGUGGAAGCAUGUAUCUAGCAAGGAUAACUCUGCAGACAUUGUGUCAAGAGGUGUUAGAAUUGCUAAUGAUUUGUUGAGCUGUGAUCUGUGGUUGCACGGGCCAUCUUGGCUUUGUAGCACCAGAGAAAAUUGGCCAAAUAGGUUUUGUGAUCCACCAAUAGAUAAUUUGCCGGAAAGACGGGUACUUUGUGCUGUUUCGAAUACUGAGGAUGAUGAUGAUAUCGGUAUUACUCUAAAGUCUUUGGCAGAUAGGAUAUCCAAGUUUAGCAAGCUUGUUAGGAUUGUCGCAUAUUGUCUCAGAAGGAGGAAAAAGCGCAGAACUCUUUGUGAUCCGUUGUCAGCAUUUGAGAUUCAGUUUGCAACACGUAGGAUAUUUUAUUUGGUCCAGUUAGAAACAUUCUCUAUAACUAGUGAUGAAGAUUUAGAGACAGAUAAGGUCUCAAAUCUGAAGUUGAAAUCGUUAAACCCAUUUAGGGAUGCUGAUGGCGUGUUGCGUGUAGGUGGAUUGAGAGAUUGGAACAUGCAAACAUCUCUUUUGACCAGAAACACCCCAUUAUUUUACACAAAAAACACGUAA